UUCUAGAAGUCAAGGAAUCUCCCCCACAUUUUUUCUUCUAAGGUAGUAGGUGAAAACAUGUACUUAUAAAUUUCCUCGGCUUUCAAUUAUUUUUUUCCCAGAUCAAUCAUUCCCAUUUUUAUGUCGUCUUUCUCAUUUUUUAGCUUCAAAAGUAAGUAGCUUGUGAAACAAAAAUACAUUACAAGGUUAUUGCCCUGUUGCACAUAUAUACCAAUAUUUUCUAGAUGAGUACGAAGAAGAAUACAUGGAAGUCUGUGGUCUUGAUCUUAAGUUGUUACAAGGUUAAGUGCCCCUUGGAGGAAUCAGAGAAACAAGUUUUGAAACAAGGUUCUUUCCAGAGGCUGUGUCUAUCGGAUGUAAGUAAUUCAAGCUCCUCUCAGGCCAUUGAAGAUCUUUCAAUUUCCCUGGCUGGUUCAAAACUUUUUGCAUUCACACUUGAGGAGCUAAGGGAAGCAACAAAUAAUUUCUCAUGGAGUAAUAUGCUAGGUGAAGGAGGGUUUGGACCUGUGUACAAGGGUUUUGUUGAUGACAAACUUAGGCCUGGUUUGAAAGCUCAGACUGUAGCUGUCAAAAGGUUGGACUUGGAUGGCUUGCAAGGUCACAGGGAGUGGCUGGCAGAGAUUAUAUUUCUUGGACAACUAAGGCAUCCACAUCUUGUCAAGUUAAUUGGGUACUGUUAUGAGGAUGAACACCGGCUUUUGAUGUAUGAAUACAUGCCAAGAGGAAGCUUGGAGAAUCAACUCUUCAGAAGAUACUCUGCUGCCAUGCCAUGGUCAACUAGGAUGAAAAUUGCAUUGGGAGCUGCCAAGGGUCUUGCUUUCCUUCAUGAAGCAGAUAAGCCUGUGAUAUACCGGGAUUUCAAAGCUUCAAACAUUUUACUAGACUCAGAUUUCACCGCUAAACUCUCAGAUUUUGGGCUAGCUAAGGAUGGCCCUGAAGGGGAAGACACACAUGUAACAACACGCAUAAUGGGAACACAAGGUUAUGCUGCUCCUGAGUACAUCAUGACAGGUCACCUCACAACCAAAAGUGAUGUGUAUAGCUAUGGAGUGGUGCUGUUGGAAUUGCUGACAGGAAGAAGGGUAGUGGACAAGUCUCGGUCUAACGGAGGGAAGAGUUUGGUGGAAUGGGCAAGGCCUUUGUUGAGAGAUCAGAAGAAGGUGCAUAGCAUCAUAGACCGUAGACUAGAAGGGCUAUUUCCCAUGAAAGGAGCCAUGAAAGUUGCUAUGUUAGCUUUUAAGUGCUUGAGUCAUCACCCAAAUCCAAGGCCAACUAUGAGUGAUGUGGUGAAGGUGUUAGAGCCACUUCAAGAUUUUGAUGAUGUUUUCAUUGGACCAUUUGUGUAUGUUGCCGUAAGUGAAAAUGGUGACAAAGAUAAAAUAUAGCAGCAACACUCCUCAGCAAGAAUGUAGAUAAAAUAUACAUAUCAGAUAGCAAAAGGUAAAAGAAAAAGAAAAAAAAUGUUGUUACUUCAAAAUGGACGGCAUCAUGACUUGGUCUUCACAAUCAUGAAACGGAUGCAAGUAGUUCUAUCACUUCUGAGUUCUGACCGGGGGAAAAAGUAUAGAGCUGCAGCAAAAUAUGAACCCAAGUUGUUAGAAGUUGUAACUAAGUUUUAUAUGGUUUGAUGAUAUACAAAAAAUAUGCACAAACGUUUGAAACUCUAGUUCAGAAUUUACAAACUCAAAUUUAUUCACAUAUGUUUUAUUUGACAAAUUUAUUGUUGAUUGUGUUU